AGGUUGCUGGUUACCAAGCCAGAGUCCUCGCCUGGCAGCCCAUCCACCCAGCAGCCCGCCUGUCUGUAUGUCUCCCCACCCACUUGGCCACUGGUUACCCACGUCCCUCAAGUUGCUUCAGUCCCGGUUGCUUUGGCUGCCUAGACCAGAGGAAUACCUACAAAAAGGAUUCUUCCUAUGGUAAUCUACUUGUGAGUCUCCUGGUGAAAGGAAUGAGUCAUACAGUAAAGACAAUCUGGUCAAUUUAGCCAAUUCUGCUCUUCGUAGUUCCUCAGGCUUUGGUGAGAACAGAUGACAUUUUAAGAAUCACCCAGCUGCUUGAGCCCAGGACUGACAGCCUGUUUCCCUGGGGCUUCUGCAGAGACCACUCUGGGCAAGAAAUGAGGGAACCUGGCUCAGGAAGAUGACUAGGCUGGAUAAUGCUACCCUCCUCUCCAUGGGAGACUGGUGUUGUUUUCUACCCACCAAGCACAUUUUCACCACUUGCCAUUGAGCAGCCAACAAUGGAGAGACUUGGCCCUUUCAGGAACUAUCAAGGUUGGCUGAGCUUGAAAGCACCUUCCUCUGGUUCUGGGCACACAAGGGACAAAACCCAAAUGAGAGGCCCUCUGUCUAGGGAGAUAAACGGACUUGGUGAAGAUCACAAAGUGUCUCCACCAAGAAGCUGGAAGCUUGUUAUAGCUGUUCAAAACAAAGAAUUCCACCAAUGUCCCUCUAGAAAGAGGGGUAUAUAUAGGCAGGUCAGCAGGCCUGGAGUAGACAGACCCCUGGGAGGCGCUGACAUGGCAAAGGCGACCGGGAAAUCCCAGGCUUCUAGCACAGUCACGGAACAACCCUCGCCAAAGAACAAAGAGAGGAAGAUGAGGAAGGGCUCCUGUCAACCCAGGUCCGGAGGCAGUGUCAAGGCGGCCAAGAAAACUACGUGGGCCAAAAGACCCCUUCGAAGGAGAUCCACUAAAAAAGCCUCUAGAAAACGUCCCACCUCUUCAGUCAAAUCUAAGGAAGUGAGAGGAACAACCCUAUUCGGUCACUAUCACAGGCUGAAUGAAGAGCUGAAUCAAGAUAAGCCAGAGGAGGACGCAGAGAGCAUGGAGAAGCCCAGCACUUCAUGUGCCUACCUGCACCACCAGCAACUUCAGAGCGAGGCCAGAGACCUCACAGAGGAAUCAUCUGAGAAGUCUCUAACGUCUGACCCCUGAGAAAUGGCCAGUGGUGCCGACGUCAUUUGACAGCAGCAGGGUGCCCUGAUGGUGAUUUCAAUAAAACGGACCUGUUGUGAAAAUG